GCUGCAAGCGUCAUGAUUACGUCACUAACCUGGAAGUAAACAUACGCGAUCACGUGAUCAGAAAGCGCGCUGAGAACGAGCACCGCAUGGGUUUUAAUCAGCACCAGAAUUCACUUUCUCAGCCAGUCGAUCAACCGUGUGCAUAAAAUUAUUCCAGAGUGGAAUGUAGCUCCAUUUCACCCAAAGAGCAAGGAUUAAUUUGAUAGAAGAUGCCAGAUGAAACAGUUCGCUCUGCAAGCUACACAGUGUCCUGUGAGGACUAUGUUCAUGUGGUGGAGUUCAGUCCGUUUGACUGUGGCUCACCUGCGUCACUUCGUACCUCACUGCAGGGAUUUCUAUUUGUGCAGGAGGAAGACACAGAGGUCGAGGAUGUAGAGUUCACUUCUUUGCAAGUGUUCAUGCAUGGAGUACGCGUGGAUGCUAUCGCUUGGAGCCCUGAAACACGUCUGGACAAGCUCCCUCCGGUCAUAAGGUUUUGCACCGCAGCAGCUGACAGAAAAGUCAGGCUGUGGACAUCUGAUCUUCAAAACAAUUGUGAUGUAAAGGUGAUGGAAGGCCACACCAGCUACAUCAAUCAUCUAGUGUUUGAGCCUGCAGAAGGAAAGCAAAUAGCCUCUGUCAGCGAUGACCACACUUGCAGAGUGUGGAACCUUGAUGGUAAUGAAACCAUUUCAUUCAGACUGCGUUCCCCUGGUGUUAGUGUCUGUUGGCACCCUGAGGACAUCUGUAAGUUGAUGGUGGCGGAGAAGAAAGGCACAAUACGGUUCUAUGACCUUGUUACACAACAUGCAAUUCUGUCUCUGGACAGCGGGCAGGUGCCGCUCAUGUCAGCUGACUGGUGUCUCACAAACACUAUUAAGGUUGGAGCUGUGGUGGCCAAUGAAUGGGUGAUCUGGGACAUUACCCGCUCUAGUUAUCCACUCGAGAAGAGACCAGCUCAUGUUGACAAGGCAAGACAUUUCAGAUGGUCAAGGGCAAAUGAGAAUCUUUUCGCUACCACAGGCUAUCCGGGAAAAAUCAACAGUCAGUUAUUGGUGCAUCAUCUGGGGCAUCCACAGCCUGUGAUGAUUGGUUCUGCAUGUGUGGGGGCUGGUCUAAGCUGGCACAGGACCCUGCCUCUCUGUGUUAUCGGUGGGGACCGAAAGCUGUUCUUCUGGAUGACAGAGAUGUAACCUGGACAGAAGUCAACUGGAGAGUGUUUCUGUUUUCCUUUUUCAAUAAAUAAAGUCAUAUUUUUCAUGCACUGUCA